AUGGAUAUCAACGGCGUUGAGAACAAGCUGGGCGGACUGACGCUCGACGAAGACAAGAGCAUCAUUCACUUCAAGCAAGACAGAUUGGUCGUCGGGGUAGACUUUGGAACAACUUUCAGUGGGGUCGCAGCGGCCUACAGUGCUACACCGGACGAGAUCGACAUUGUGAAGAGUUGGCCUGGCGGUAAUGGAAUCACCUCGGACAAAGUGCCCACGGAAAUCGCGUACGAGAAUUCGACAACAGACGGCCUUGAUACGAAUGAGGCUGAUAUCAAAUGGGGAUUCCAGUUCAAGCCGCACGAGACCCGGCUUCGCUGCAUCAAGUUAUUUCUCGACCGAAAUCAGAAACUCCCCCACUUCGUCAGUCCAUUGGAAACGGCAGCCCAGUUGCGAAAAUGUGGUCGAACGGUGAUGGAUGCGAUCACGGACUACCUGAGCAAGAUAUACGAGCAUACAAUGGAGACAAUGUCGAGGAGGUAUGGGGAAGGCUUCAUGAAGACGACCAGGGUGGACUUUGUCUUGACUGUGCCUGCUGUGUGGUCCGAUGCCGCAAAAAAUGCAACAUUACAAGCGGCCGAAAGAGCUGGAAUGGGCAGCAGACAUGAGCUGAAGCUGAUAUCAGAACCGGAGGCUGCAGCAGUGUACACGCUGAAGACAAUUCAGCCCGGCGGGCUCACCGUCGGCCAAAAUUAUGUCGUCUGCGAUGCCGGAGGAGGCACGGUGGACUUGAUCGCGUACAAAGUGACCCACGUCAAUCCUCUCAGGAUCGAGGAAAGCGCUGUUGGAACUGGUGGUCUUUGCGGGUCGGCGUUCUUGAAUUAUCGCUUCGAAGAUGCGGUCAGACAGCGACUCGGACAAGAACGGUAUCUCGAAAUGCGGGACAAGAAGGCCAAGACCUGGAUGAUGGGCCUGCGCUAUUUUGAGGAGUUUGUCAAGAGAAAUUUCAAUGAAGACGAGCACCAAGAGGUCAACAUUCCGUUCCCCGGACUGCCGGAUGAUGAAGAAGCUGGACUGGAUUGUGGCUUCAUGGUCAUGUCUGCAGAGCAAGUCAAAGAAAUAUUUGACCCGGUCAUCUCUGAGGUGUUGGAUUUGGUCGAAGGGCAAGUAGAGGCUGUUCGGUCCAAAGGUGGACUCGUGUCUGGUAUAAUACUGGUCGGCGGGUUUGGGCAGUCUAAUUACCUGUACACACGGUUGAAGCAGCAUUUCAGCUCUGAACCACCUCCGACGUAUAGCGUCACGCCAACGCACGAGGCAGCGCAAGCGCAGCACCAGAGCAUCGAGGUACUACAGCCCAUACACGCCUGGACUGCAGUCGUACGCGGAGCGGUGCUCCGGGGUAUCGAGGGUAGCUCGGUUGAGACCAGACGAAGCCGAUGGGCGUACGGCACAAGCUAUGCUACCGUCUUCAACGAGGCGAAGCACCCGGCCGAGGAUCGGUACUGGAGCCCGUUGUGGGAGCGAUGGAUGGUCAGCGAUCGGAUGCAAUGGCACCUGAAGAAGGGUGCUCCAAUUUCUGCCGACCAGCCUAUUUCUUUCCACUACACUCGUAACUUCCGACCUGGCCAGUCCCUGUUGGUAGAGGACGAUCUGAUCGCCUGUGAGAGCGAUGAUCCUCCUGACUCACUCACUUCGGAAUUGGUCAAAGUCUGCACAUUGACUACAGAUUUGAACGCUGUGCCACGAGGACUCUUCACACGACUGACGACAACAAAGGGAAUCUUGUUUGAUAAUUUGGACUUUGAGCUGCACAUGAAGAUAGAGUCAGCGGGACUAAUGUUUGAGCUUUGCGUUGAUGGGGUCAAGUACGGCAGUGUCAAUGCCGAGUUUCAUUCUCAGAGCGUCUAA